AUGCCCAAAGAUUGCAAAGAUCUUCGAGAAAAUGGACAAACCAUCACAGGGGUGUAUGAUAUAUACCCCUACAGAACAUUAACCAUUCCAAUAAGUGUCUACUGCGACGGUGGAUGGACGGCAAUUCAGAAACGCGUAGACGGAUCCGUGAGUUUCAACAGGAACUGGACGGAAUAUAAAAAUGGUUUUGGUACCCCAGAACAGGAUUACUGGAUAGGAAAUGACGUUAUCCAUCUAUUAACAAAGGGAAAGAACUCAUCCCUGUAUGUGUCCAUCACCGUCCAGAAUGGUACAACGCUGUAUGAAAUGUACGGCGGAUUCUCUGUCUCAGACGAAGCAGGAAAAUAUCAGCUCUUUCUUGCAGGCCCUGCCACGGGGACUUUAGAUGCCAGUAUGAUAGACACCAGGGAUUCUACGGCUGAACUAAAUAAAUAUUAUCGCUCUACCCAGCACCUAAAGCCGUCUAUCUUAGAAGUACCUCAGAGACAGUAUGUUUUAUUUUACCACGAUCUGUCUGGGAUUCCUUCUCCACCCAGACAGAGGUAA